GAAUUUAUAUUUUAACGUAUGGAAAUAUUUUGAAUGUUAAAAAUCCCUGUGGUUUAGCGAUUUUGACACGAGUUUCUAACACAGGUAGGAGAGGACUUUAGAGAAAUAAAAGUCGACAGAUAAGGCCGGCAUUUUAUGUUAAAGUUAUUGGCAGUAAUGAUAUUUUUUUGAGAAAAAAGCAUAUUUGAUGACGUUUACGUUUUUGCUUAAAGCAUUACAAUCGCAGACAUCAUUUAAUAAUCGUCAUUAGUUUUGGCGUUCUUAGCAUUAAAGCAUGACGCAGCAUACGCAACCAGUUGUUGCUCAACAGCAACAACUGCAGACUGCUGGGGUACAAACAACAACAACAACGCCAACAAUAACAACACAGUCUAAUAAUAAUAAUAAUCACAACAGCAGUAAUGCUUCCAAUUCCAACAACAACAGCAACAAUCAAACAACACAAACUGUAUCUAUACAACAACCGCAAAUGAACAACAAUAAUAAUAAUAACACCAGUAAUAAUAAUAAUUAUUCAAAUCAAACCCAAACAGCAGCGACAGCAAACAUUUACAAUGCGGCUUUACCGUCGACCAAUUUAUAUAUGUCGGCAACAGCAGCAGCAUCUCACGGUAUGUCAGCUCAUGCUCAACAUGGAACUAUGUAUCCGGCCAUGAUUCCGGCACCUCUGUCAAGUAAUGUGUUCGUAAAUAAUGUCACUGCCAAUGUCAACUUACACGGAUGGGCUCACACUGUACCGACUGGAACUUGGGUGCAUCCUAGUGCUUCUCAUUAUAUUCAUGGAGAUGUGCCAACUGAACAGGGUACUCCGGUUAUGCAGUCCAUGCCAAUGUCAAUACCGUUGACAUCGGCCAAUACUAUGUCUUGUCCAGUAGUGGGAGGAAAUCCAAAUCUUUCUGGAAUUUCUGGUGGCUCUCGCGGAUCACGUCGUGGUCAAGGACGUCGUGGUGGAGGUAGUUCUAGACGCAACGACUACAACUCUCAACGGCACCCUCCACCAGCAGGUAGUCCAGCACCACAGCAAGCUGCGUUAACAAACAAUCAAAAUCAAGAUUAUCCACCACAACAACAAGGCCAACAACAAUCUUCUUUAGAUACUCAACAACUAAUGUCCGGUGCUCCGCCAGCCUACGUUACCCAUCCGCCGUACGGCGGCCAUCAACCGCAAUAUCAAUGCGCUUAUCCAGCCUUUUUUGCACCUCAAAAUCCCAUGAUGCACGCUGGCCAAAGUACGGCAGUGCAACAGGCCACUGGAACUCCUCUCUAUUUCUCUACAAUGCCAUUUUAUAAUGGUGCCCACGUGUACAACUAUGGUUAUAUAUUACCACCAGUAAUGAGUCCGGCCGAUUACCAAUACGUUCCUGGCGAAGAUGUAGUUGGUGGCCCCGGUGAAGAGCGGCAAGCUUGUCCCGGAGAAGGUGGCGCUAUGAUGUGGCAUCAACAACCAAUUUACGCGGAAGACUACGCUAUGAACCCAGGUGACAUGCAUGUUUCUGCUGGUGCCGGUGACGAUAUGAAUCAUACAGCUUCUUCGAUGGGCUCCGCAGCUGAAACACCCAGUAUGCUUAGUCCAAAUUAUGGGCCUAUUUAUGAUGGCCAACUACAUGAAAUGCAACAACAAAUGGGUGUUAUGCAGAUCUACGAUGAUUCGCAAUUGGGACAAAUACAAGCUAUGCACCCCGUUGUAGCAGGCGUACAGCAGAUGGACGAAGAAUUGUCCGAAUGCGCAGCAAAUAGCGUUGCACCUACAGGUGCUAUACAAAUGGUACCAGCUGGUGCAAUAAUACAAUCGGGCUCGAUGCCCAUAACAAGUGACGGUCAAAUGAUGCACCAACACCAUCAGCCGCAACAGCAAACAUCGCAUCCGCAACAACCAAAUCAGUUAAUAUCUGUGGGGCACGCUGUAUUGCCAAUAGAGCCUUCAACACCAACUGCACCUUUACAACAGCCAUCACAUUUUACAGCAGCGGUUCCUGAAACUAUUGAUGGUGGAAAUGCGCCAAACGAAUAUAGUAAUUAUAUGCAUGCAGCGGAAUCAAUUAGUAGUCUCUGUGAAAGUGCAACUACUGUACAACAAAGCUCUGAAAAUCUUGCCAAUGACUAUCAGCAACAUUAUAAUAUAGCACAACAACAACAACAACAACAACAGCAAUUGAUUCAGCAGCCACAGCAUCACCAGCACCAUCACCAACAACAUGCUGAAACAACGACCAACGAUAUUUAUAGCAAUGAAUUGCAAGACAAUGCAACAAACAACAACGGAUUGCGUUCUGACGCGAUAGAAGUAACUAUAGCAACCAGUUUGGUUAAAAAUCAUCCGCAAUCGUUAGGGUAUAUACAUCAGCAGCAACUACAAACUGAAUCACGCUUCAAGUCUACUUCAACGGCGCAACACACACAAACUGUGGGCUCUAUUCAAACGCAGAUAACACAGACUCCAUAUCAGCAACAAUCGCAAACGCAGCCGCCACCGCCACCGCAUCCACAGCAGCAACCGCAACCGCAUCCGCAAGAAUAACAGCAGCCGCA